GCCGAAAGACCAAAGAGGAAGGAAAAUAUAUCCAAAGCUUUUCUGGUCAUUUCUUUCUCUCAACUCAAACAACAAAUUAAAAAAAAAAAGGGUGGUCGUCGUCUUCGCUCAUCAUCAUACGCAGCUCUCUUCUUCUUUGUGAUUUUCUUCAUGGCCACCAGUUUGCCUUCCGAGAUGGGAGGUGGAAUGAAGAUGGUGGCGGAGGGGAGGACGUGCGAAUCGAAAAGCAAUGCGUUCAAGGGUGCAUGCUUGAGCGACACCAAUUGUGGGAAUGUUUGCAAGAACGAACAUGGGGGUUUUACCGGAGGAAAAUGCAGAGGAGUCCGUCGCCGUUGUUUUUGCACAAAAAUUUGUUAAAUUAAUUAAUUAGGGCCAGGCCGGUCCUAAUUAAUUAAUCGGCGCGGAUGAUUGACAUGAAUAUGUGUUUUUAAUUUGGUUGCUACAAAUAAGAGACCGUUAACCAGUUACAUAUAUAAUAUAGCUGGCUAGCGGGCUCACUUGAAAAGAAAAGGCCAAACAUGUUUUCGUUUUUUUUUUCCUUUAUUGCCGGUGCUUUUAUAUGCAUGUAAUCGCAGGUUUGUUUGGUAUUUGCUUUUUUAUUUGUUUCUCACAAGUGUUCUUAAUUAUAUACCGAGUAAUAUUAAAUCAUCCGUUAUUCAAUUAUAACAGCAAAAGAGAUAGAAGAAGAUUUUUUAAACAAAAUUUGAAGAAAUGGGUCCUUCGUCUUCUUCAUUUCGCUCAAAUGCAGCUGCGUUCUUCUUUGUGGUGCUUAUCAUAGCCACCGGUUUUCCUUCCGAGAUGGGAGGUGGAUUAAUGAAGAAGGAGAAGAAUUGUAAUAAGAAGAUGAUGGUGGGCGCGCAGCAGCAGCAGCAGCAGCAGCAGCAGCAGCCAUGUGGUGAACCUGGAUCGCUUAUGUGCAUGAGCGACUCCUACUGCAGUACGCAGUGCUAUAACCAAGCAAACUAGCUAGCUACCAUACGCCCUGAAUUAUAUUAGGGAAUGAAUCUAUAUACAUCUAUUAUAUUCAAGCAUAUAUCUUUAUUUCCUUUUCUUUCCUCGAUGCAUGUAUUCAUCACCACCCGCCGCUCGCCCUCUUUAAGUAAUAAAUUACUUUCUGUUUC